CAGUUUCUAUUCUAUCGAGCAAAUGCCCCUCUCCUCCCCUUUGCUGAUAAUGACUUAACAAUUCCACAAUAAUCAGAGAUUUUUCGAAAAAUUGGUAGAAAUACCAGUCUCUGUGAUGACUGAGAGCAAGCUGAGAAUAAAAGUUUGGAGACAAUGACUGGAUUUAUUGAUUAGAUUUAAAUAACAUUUAAUGAACCAGAAGAAAGAACAGACUAAAAAUCAGACGACAGGAGAAAUAUUUUGUUCUAACUCCCACAGAACAAUAACUCAUUCACUUAACUGACCUCCUUGAGAGAUGACUUGGCAGCCGGAGUCCAUCAACAAGCUACUUGGCGUAGCCUUGCCUUCAUGCUGAAUGGGAUUCUGGAUCAAGUUCUGCAACAAAUGAGUAACCUCCCCUCUCCCUCUCAGCAGAAACAACAGCUUGUUGUGAACACUUCCACCUCUUGUUUCUUUACCGUAAGGACUGCUUCUUAAGACACAAUGAAAUGGGUGGGGCUGCUGCUGCUCAUCCUGCUGACACGAUCUGCUGCUGAUACGAGUGAAUGCCCUGCACCAGAUGGUGAGGACGGUCAACCUGGGAUGCCGGGCACACCUGGCAGAAAUGGCAGGCCCGGAGAUAAAGGCAACACUGGCGACCCAGGCAAGGCCAGCAGCAUCCUUGGUGAGCGAGGAAAGCAGGGACCACCAGGAGAUCCAGGACUGCCGGGAACGCAUGGCCCCAGGGGAUAUGUUGGUCCAAUGGGACCAAAAGGUGAAGUUGGGCCACCUGGGCCAAAGGGACAGAAGGGGCAAUCAGGGUUGGGGGGUGGUCUAGCGGGUAGAGAGAGACCGGCUUUCUCUGCUGCCAGAACCAUCGCCGGUAACCCCAAUCCCGGAUCCCCAGUGAUCUUUGACAAAAACAUUACCAACGAGGGAGGCUGUUUUCAUCUUCAUUCUGGGAAAUUUCUCACUUGUAAAGCAGGCUGGUAUUUCUUCACGUACAAUGUCGUUACUGAAGGGAAACUCUGCAUAAAAAUUAUGAAAAAUAACAGAAAGGAAGCUGGAUUCUGUGACACUGCUGCGAGCAGCGUUUCUGGGGCCAGUUAUCAGAUGAAUUCAGGUGGGACUGUGCUGCGGCUGAAGAAGAACGACCAAGUGUGGCUCCAAACGGUACCAGAUCACAAUAACAUCUUUGGAUCAAAUGAAAUCAACAGUGUCUUUUCUGGUUUCCUUCUCUUUCCAGAUGAAUAAAUGACCACAGAUUAGGAACCCAAGAACCUUUCAUUUAGAUAAUCUGCUCACAUAGUUAAGUGAUAUUUAAUCACCAAAUCCAAACUGAAUCACCAAACUCAGCCUUCUUCCCUAAAUAACAUCAGACUAUUUUGAUAGGGUAAAGAGGAGAAGCACUGACGAACUGUGUGUAAUUAUUUUCAUCAAGUCAAGCAUAGACAUGUCCCAAAAUAACCAAAACACUAAAACAGGUUUCAAUUUCAAGUCAGAAAUGAGGGGUUCAGGUCCCAUGAAACAGAUCUGAGCCCAUCAAACCCACUGACAAUUUAGUGAGAUACUGGGGGAAGACGAAGGUUCAAUUAGUCUCCCAUCGGUUCUCUCAUGUAGUGUGAAACUCUCACAGCAUUGUUCAGAAAGCAGGAGCAUCCUCCCAAGAAACAAGACUGAUAUUUAUCUAUCAGUUUGGGUUACUGAAACUGGUCAUUUGUCCACCUGCUUCUGUGAAUCAUCCAGUGCUCAGAUUCACUGCUGUUUUUCCCAAAUGAUGUAAGUGACAUUAGUUGUAAAGCAGGGAAGCACCUUGGAGUGUCUUAAGGACAAAGAGGAUGGAAUGUAAACAACCUUCCUCUGUGUGCAGUGGAACACCCACAAGCUCAAUGCUUCUCAGUUAGAAGUUUUGGCAAAGCGUACAUCCACUUCCAGAUUGUCAUGGAUAAAAAUUGCAAUUUCUAUUUCAAAACCGAAUUGCUAAUUUUAGCCUUUGAUUUUCUCAAUUAUAUCCAAAAUUUGCAGAGACUCUGUUCCCCAACACUCAGACCCUCAAGUAAACAAAAGAGAUACCACACUCUCACACUUCCCUCCAAUCACAGAAAUACUGACCCCUUCUCCCAGCUCACUUGGAGUCAUACAGCACAGAAACAGAGCCUUCACCUUAUCCUGUUCUUGCCGACCAUCUGCACUAAACCAUUUACCAGAAAAUGGUUUACAGUCUUCCCUGCCUUGGCAAUUCAAGAACUCAUCCAGAUACUUCAUAAAUGUUGUAAGAAUACCUGCCUCCACCCCCCACUUAGGUGUUCCAAAUUCCAACCACCCCUUGGGUGAAAAAAUUCUUCCUCAAACCCCCUCAAACCUUUUACCCCUUAUCCUAAACCUAUGCCUUUUAGUUUUAGACACCUCUGCUUUGAAGAAACAUUUACAACUCUCUACCCCUUUUAUGCUGCUCUGACAUUUGAAUAUUUCUAACAGGCUCCCCACCCAACCUUCUCUGCUCCAAGGAAAACUAACCCUAC